AGUCAAAUUAGACAAUAUUAGUUGCUGCCACUGGUUGGGUGUGAAUUGAAUUUUUCGUUUUUCCACAAGAAAUCAAUUUCUACUAGAUUUAUUGUUUCCCGCAUAUCUGUCUUUAAUGAUAAGUUCCAUUUAAACAGACAAUAUGAGUAAAAAGUGUGCUAGAUGUGAAAAAACAGUUUAUCCAACUGAAGAGUUGAAAUGUCUGGAUAAGAUAUGGCAUAAGCCCUGUUUCAAAUGCAAAGAAUGUGGAAUGGCUCUUAAUAUGAGAAACUACAAAGGAUACAAUAAGGAACCAUACUGUGAUGCCCAUAUUCCAAAAGCAAAAGCUACAACAAUGGCAGAGACUCCAGAAUUGAAAAGAAUCGCAGCAAAUACAAAAAUUCAGUCCAAUGUCAAAUAUCAUGCAGACUUUGAAGCCAGUAAAGGAAAAUUCACACAAGUAGCAGAUGAUCCAGAAAUAUUGAGAAUCAAGCAAAACACUAAAAUAAUAAGUAAUGUAGCUUACCAUGGGGAACUUCAAAGAAAAGCUGAGAUGGAACAAAAGAGACAACUUAAUGAAAAUGGACAAGCAGAACCUCAAACGAUGCCCCCUUCUACUACGAUGGAUCAUAAAAACGCCAAUCAAGGGCCACCCAGUUAUCAACAUCCUCCGUCAUUCAAUCCCAACAGCAAUGUUGGAAAAAUUAGUGAUUACGAACCAGGUUCAGGAAUGGGAGCCAGUCCGUAUUCCUCAAGAAACUCUCAAACCCUAAUAUAUUCCUCAGAUCACGGAGGAGCAGUUCCCAAUGUUGGUCAAAGCCAACAUAUCGGUUCUGUACUAGACAUGGACCCUGUUAAUCAUAAUUAUGGUUCUCUAGGAAGGGUUUACCGCGCUAUGUACGAUUAUGAAGCACAAGAUGUGGACGAAGUUAGCUUUGUUGAUGGAGAUUUAAUUAUCAACGUAAGCAGUCUGGAUGGUGGUUGGAUGACGGGACAAGUUAAGCGAACUGGUCAAAUUGGUAUGCUACCAGCCAAUUACGUGCAAUUGGCUACCAUUUAAUCUUACCACUUGCCCAAAUUCCCAUUUUGAACUGGGUUUCUCCAAUUUUUCAAUUGUGUUGAGUUCUGUUUGCUGUUAUUAAUUUCUUUAAGGUCGUUUAGCAGAUAUGCUGUCACCUGAAAUUCAUUGUUAACCUAAAAAUGUCAUUUAUUUUCUUUAACUCCAUUAUAAUUUGUGUUUGUAAAAUUGUGAAUUUUAUGCAUGUUUCUUGAAAAGUUCACAGUUGAAAGCAUUUUUACCAUUUCGAGUUCCCAAAAUAAUGAUAAUCUUUUUCAAUUGUAGGUGCUUCAAAAGUCAUUAUGAUAUACAGCAAAUUUAGUAGGACAAUUUCUGAACCAUCUUAUUCAGAAUGACGUAUUUUAUUAAUUUUAUUCACGAGUUGUUGAAUUUAUCUUCAUUGUAUAAAAAUGAAAUAUUCUAAAAACAACUAAUUGGAGAUAAUCAUGGCCUAACCUUGCCAAAAAAAAUAUCCAAAUUAUUUGUCAAUUGAAAAUUUUAAUUUUCUGAUGUCUUCCAGUCAAUUUUGAAUAUAAGAUGUACAGUAUGGAAAUAGAAUUGACUCGACUAUGAAUCUUAGAAGAAAUAUUACAUUUAUGUGGUGAGAAUGCAAUCUUAAUUCAACAUUUAUCAUUCAGAGGUUUUCUUGAAUUAUUCGUGGUAUUUUUGAUUGGGGUGUAAUAAAAAGUUGUAAAUACUUAUCAUGACUCCACCUUUGAAGUUUGAGCCCAGUAAAUGAGUUCCAAGGUUCGAAAAAUAUUUAUUUGCAUAUUUCAGAAGACAGUAGGCAAAUACUUAUUCCGAUAAUGGGGUAAUGAUAUUUGGAAACAUUCUGUAACCCCACAUGGAGUUUCUUUGAAUUCAUUUUUAUGACUUUUAUUCCAUUUGAGCCAAUGAGUCCAUGAUAAUAUGUAUGACUGAAAAAAAUCAUCAUUCCUUUAUGCAUUUAUUUUUUAAUCCUUCUGGAUUAAUGUUAAGAAAGGCUUAUUUUUAGAAAUUUAUUCCAAUAGUGUUUAUAAAAAAAUGUAAUGUCAAAGUUGUGAUCUAAAGCGAAGUGCCUAAUUUUAUACUAGCCUUGAAAACUUUUAUCAAGACUUAUUUUUGCAUUCUUUACAUAAAGCUAUUUGAAACAUAUCGGACAUAUAUUAAACUUAUUGUGUUGUUGUGACACUAAGACUGUAGGUGCUUAAAGUUGAACAUUUUGAUAGUUCUGUAUUAUCAAAAUAAAAUAUUUACAUCACCAUUUUGUACAUUUUGAAUAGUCUCUUUAAUCAAACUAUAUACAUAGUAAUAAUAAUAUGCUUUAAUUUUCUCCACUUGAUAAUUAUAUAUGUUGAUUAAAAAAUUA